AUGUUUAAAUUCCUCACCUUAACCCUCUUCAUCCUCUUCACCACAAUCUCCCCCUCCGCCGCCUGCAGCCAACAAGACCUAACCGCCCUCCUCUCCUUCAAAAAUUCCUUCCCUCCAAACUCUAUCUCAAAUUCAUGGACCACCGCCAUCGACUGCUGCUCCUGGGACUACAUCCAAUGCGACGAAACAUCCGGUCGAGUCACAACCCUCUCCAUCUCUGACAAUCGAAACCUCAGAGGCCCCAUCCCUCCGUCAAUCGGCGAUCUCUCUGCUCUCCAGGUCGUCAGUUUCAGCAACCUCCCCGGCCUCAUUGGUCCCAUCCCGCCCCAGCUGUCAAAACUGAAAGCUCUUCAAUUCUUGACUAUGUACAAAACCAAGGUUUCUGGUCCCGUCCCUUCUUUCCUUUCGACCUUCACCGGCCUCAGAGAGCUCGAACUUGCUGAAAGCAACUUUGUAGGGACGAUACCGUCGUCACUGGGAAAUCUUGUUAACCUGAGCUUCAUUGAUCUGUCAGGUAACCAGCUCACAGGAGCCAUACCUGAUUCUCUCUUCAGUAAACUUACAGGGUCAUUAGCGGACCUCGAUGUUUCUGAUAACACGCUGAAGGGACCAAUCCCUAAAUCCUUUGGGCGUGUAAGGUUUGCUAAUGUCAAUUUGGGGAGUAAUCAGCUCGAUGGGGAUGCCUCAUUCUUGUUUGGGGAGUCGAAGACUGUGAGCCAGGUAAUUCUGUCGAAAAACAAGUUUGCAUUUGAUUUGACUAACGUGAAGUAUCCUCAGAACCUACAGUAUUUGGAUAUUAGCCACAAUAAAAUUUAUGGAAGCAUAUCGAACCAGAUCACAAACUUGACGAAUUUUGGUUACUUGGAUGUGAGUUAUAAUGAAUUGUGUGGGAGAAUCCCAAGCGGCGGGAGUUUCCGUCAGUUUGAAGCGCAGUUCUUUGCCAAUAAUAAGUGCCUCUGCGGAGCUCCGCUGCCUCCGUGCGACUAAAAUGAAAAUUGUUUCUCAGCGAAAAGUAGUGCGUGCUAGAAAAUAAGAUGCCUAAUACUUGUUUCCUCUACUGAAAUAUUGAAGGCUAAAUAAUGUUUCUUCUUUAUGUUUAA